GGGAUGCAGCCGGGGAGUGGGGCAGUGGGACCUCGGCCGCUCUGCUGUUGGCGUCGCCCCAUGGCGUCCCGUGUGUCCGUGGUCAGCCGAGAGCUGGGUACCUCGGGCCAGGGGAAAGCGGGUGUCAGCCUGCGAGCGAGCGGCGGGCGCGGUCGGGGGCGCAGGGCCGGGGAGCCGGGGCGCUCGCCGCCGCGAGGAAAGGCGCCUAGCAGGCGGUCUUGAACUUGGACGUGCCGGGACCGAGCACUUCAAACAAGCAGUCAAGCGUGCGCGCGCGCGCUUUUGCUUCGGAACCACGGAGCAAGCACGAUAAGUGGAAGUCCUCGAAUAGUUUUUUUAAGGAUCUUUCAUGAUACAGUUGCAGCUGUUUCCAACAAAGUUCAGUGAUGAAAAUUGUUAUUUUUAACAAGAUACCUCCAAGUUAAACAUGAAAGGAAAACACUGGGAUCAUUUCAGUUCUGGCAAGGUAAAGAAUACAGCAUUUUCCAGCUAACUUGUCAUGGCACCUUUCUAAGAGUGACUCUUGUCAUGCACCCUACUGGGAACAUGGAUGUUGGCUUUACACGGUCUGCUGUUCAGACCUUGUCCAGAAGCCACUGCAAAAACAUCAAACAAAAGAUUUCCCAGUGGGAAGGAAGAGCUAACGGUGUAACCAAGACAGCUAAGUUUCACCCAAAGGACUUUGGAGUGAGGUAUAUUAACUGCCACCAAGAGAGUCCCCCUCAUAAGCGUCCCGCUGGUGAAGAAAGGAAUGGGGGUUUACCCAGAAACACGGAUGCCAAAAGCCACGAUCAAAGUGAGGAUGAAAGCGAGAGCCGAGAGUGUAAAGGCUUCCACCCCUCGGAAGCUGAACUGGACUCCAGCCGGGUAUGUGCUCGGGUCAAGCAAAUUGAAAGCUGCCAAGCUGAUGCUGUGGAUCCAAAGGCUUCGUUACCUCCAGGAAACUUCUAUACCUCACAGAUAUUGUGGAAAAGCAUAGAAGGGAUUCCCCCAGGUAAAGUCUUAAAUGUGGCCUUAGCACCUUGUGACUCUACAGACAAAGAACCAGAUUUCAGUGUUCUGGAUAGUUCUUACGGAAUAACCAAGAGCUUGGAAAAUAUUUAUUGUGAACCUGAGGGGCAGGAAUGUAGCCCCUCUAUAAAUCCUUUGCCCAAACCACGCAGGACAUUCAGGUAUUUAUCUGAAUCUGAUGGCAUGCCAUAUAAAGAAAGGAACUAUGGCCAAAAGUACUGUGAAAGUAUUUCCUGUGCGGACUCUUCUUUGGCCUCUUCUCAGGAUCCUGAACCAAAGAAAUACGGCGGGAAGAUCAGAAGGAGGUCCAAAAGGAAAUCCUUUGAAUUUGAAGAUAUUCAGCACUUUCGGAACUCACGGAAGAUUCAUGAAGAACUUGGAAGAAAUGCUGGUUCAGCACUUUAUUACACACAGUCUGAGGAUAAUAUCUAUGAGGAUAUUAUAUAUCCAGCCAAGGAAAAUCCCUAUGAAGAUAUCCCAGUGCAGUCAUUCCCCGUUUGGAGAUCCCCGUCUGCAUGGAGGCUGCCACCUGCUAAGAGCGCCUUCCGAACACCCAAGCUUCCUCCCAAGCCCCAGUUUCUUCAACGGAAAACUAUGGAGCUGAAGAACUCUCAAGCAUAUUUGCGAUCAAAGCUCACAAAGGAUACCACUCUGCCUGUCACCUUAACGGAAUGGAAGCUGUUCCGAGCUGGAGAAGUGGCUAACAGGAAAAAGAGGAAUCUCCCACGGCUUGUUUUGAAAAUAAAUGAUACAUUUGAAUCUAAGAGAGGGAAGAAGAGGGUAAAGUUACAGCCUUACACUGGAAAAGAAGCCCCCUCCUCAAAAGGUGAAACCAGUGGGAACGAGAGUGAUGCUGAGUACCUGCCAAAGAAUCGCCACAAGCGCUCUGCACAGCUGCAGCAGUCCUCCAAGAGGAACCCCCACUACCAGACCUUGGAGCGGGAUCUUAUUGAGCUGCAGGAACAGCAGCUUUUUGAACUCUUCGUGGUGGUUUCUCUGCAGAAGAAGCCAUCAGGGUAUACUCCUCAGAUCAUACAGCAGUUCCCUAGCAAGGGUGACCACGGCUACAAGCAGUCCAAAGACACUGAAGAGAGGCUCAAAGUCAUCCCCAGAUUUUGUUUUCCUGAUUCAGAGGACUGUGCACCAACCUUAGAACUCAAGAGUGAAACAUUCUCCUUCGUGCUGACUGGAGAAGAUGGAAGUCGGUGGUUUGGCUACUGUAAGAAGCUUUUGCCAGAAGGCAAAGGAAAGCGGCUCCCUGAGGUGUACUGCAUGGUUAGUCGCUUGGGCUGCUUCAAUCUUUUCUCAAAGAUUCUGGAUGAAGUAGAGAAGAGGAGAGAGAUGUCUCCAGCCCUUGUCUACCCAUUCAUGCGAAGUGUCAUGGAAGCCCCUUUCCCAGCUCCUGGCCGCACCAUCACGGUUAAGAGCUACCUCCCUGGGGCUGGAGAUGAGUCAAUUGAACUCUGCCGACCCCUCGAUUCACGACUAGAACAUGUGGAUUUUGAAUGUCUUUUCAAAUGCUUGAGUGUGCGCCAUCUCAUCCGGGUCUGCGCCUCUCUCCUUUUAGAGCGGAGGGUAAUCUUUGUUGCCAACAGCCUAAGCACCCUUUCAAAAUGUGGCCAUGCUGUGGUAGCUACACUAUAUCCGUUCACCUGGCAGCACACCUACAUCCCAGUGUUGCCAGUAUCCAUGAUUGACAUAGUGUGCUCACCUACUCCAUUCUUUAUUGGGAUCUUGUCUUGUUCCUUACCCCAACUCCAGGACCUUCCCAUUGAAGAGGUGCUGAUAGUUGAUCUCUGUGCAGACAGGUUCCUACAGGAGGUAUCUGACGAGGAUGAAAUUAUGCCACCUAAACUUCAAGCUGCCUUGGUGCAGAUUUUAGAAGAUCGAGAUGAAGUCUUGGCCCAGGAGCGGCUGUUUUCACAAGAGGUGACACUCAGUUCUCUGGUGUCAGAAGUAUUUGUCAGGUUUUUUGUGGAGCUCGUGGGGCAUUAUUCUCUGAACAUGACUGUCACAGAGCGUGGGGAGCGUGUGUUCCAAAGGGAGCCAUUCCGGAAGUCCCACACUUCCCGAAGUGUCCGCCACUUUCUAGAUCUCUUCAUGGAGACACAGAUGUUUGCAGGAUUUGUCCAGGACCGGGAGCUUCGGCAAAGCGGAGUUAAAGGGUUGUUUGAAGUCCGAGCUCUUCAAUAUCUGGAAACAAUUCCUGAGUCAGAACCCAGCGGGGUGAAUAGAAUUUUGCGGAGUCUUGGAAGCAAAAUGAGAUUUCUUCACAAGAAGUGAAAUCUUUGUCUUCAUUCUAAACGUAACUGAAAGUGCCAAAGACAGUAUUUUCCCGAGGAUCUGGACGCUCUGAAGAGUCCUGUAACAUCCUUGUAAUUGUAAAAGGAAAAAGACUGCUGGAGAACUCUCCUGUUGCUGCAGACCAACUGGGAGCAGUCUAGAACCAGUGCUCUCUCUUCUCCUUCUGAUUUGGGGACUGUUUGUUUUUUGUUUGUUUGUUUGUUUGUUUGUUUUUAAGACAGUCUCUCUCUAUAGCCCUGACUGUGAUGGAACUCACUCUGUAAAUCAGGCUGGCCUCAAAUUCUGAUGUCACAAAACUCAAAGAUCUCACAGAUGUCUGCCUGCCUCUGCCUCCCAGGUGCUGGGAUUAAAGGCGUGCGCCACCAUGCCUGGGCAAGUUGUUUUUACUGAGGUGUUUUAUCUUUGGUUAUUGAUGGGUACAAGAGGCUCUGCUUUGUGCUUAGUCUAUGAAAGCAGACGUCCUUUACAAGAAAAAGACUCAGAAAUACUUGGUGUUGCAUUUUCUAAAAACAAUGCACAAAGUUUCAGGUACUAGAGAGACAGAUAUGGAGGACACCAUGAUCACACGAUUCUCAUCACGGAAGAAUCAGGUUGCUUUACAUCCAUGGACCAUUUGCGCUUUCAAAUCCCAGUACUGUCACCAUUGAUAACCCCCACCUUGUCCCAUGUCCUAUCUUGGAGAAUUUCACUCAUGUUAGAACUUUAAAAAGCAGACACCAUGCAGGGAUGCAGGGCCUCCUCAGAAUCCAUGUCCUGCUGGGAUAGCUUUCUUCUCACAUGUCAGCGUUAUGCUUUAUGGAAUGUAGCCAAUAUGAAAAUGUCCUUUUAAGGACAUAGCUAUCUGUUUAUUGAGUUUUGGUGUCUACAGUUUGCUGCACUGUGAUAAUCUACAUGUCAUCUUAUUCAAGCUUUAGAUCAGCUUCAUGAUAUUUUACAAGAAGCUGGAGUUCAGAGACACUAAGUAAUUUGGCCAGUUAUAUACAGGAUAGAACUAAGCCAAACACUUGACUUAAGACCACAUACAAAGCUGGCUAGUCCUACAGAUGUAAAUGAACUCUUUAUAGUGAUGUUUAAAGUUCUCUGUGGAGCACACCAGAGCUUCCUCUUGGCUCUGGUGAGACUUUAAGCGAUGGGUGUCUAGGCAAGGUUUGUUCCUUUGUUUUUUCUUCUGCUGCUGGGGAUAGAACCCAGGGCCUUCUGUGUGCUCUGCCACACUGGUUAUUUUUACAUCAGUGUGAGUUUUUAGUGUUUCCUAAGCCUAUACCUCUUCAUCAACGAGAUGCUGAAAAUCUAAAGUAGGAGUAGGGACUGGGAAAGGGAGUUUGUCGGUGAGGGUGCGGUUUUCAUUGAUAAGUGAUAGAUGUCGUGGUAAAUGUCAGUUGUUUUCUAUAACCUUUACUCAUGGCUUUACGUGCCAUAGAAAAUAUUCAUUCAGACUUGGAAAAUGUUGUAUGUUGUAUUAGGAUACAGCUGACUGAGUUGUACAGUAUUGUCAUUGUCACUCGUACAAGUGUGAAUGAAUAAAUCCACUUAAGACUGGUGCUGUGCAAUAUGUAGUUCCUAGAUGUGGGUCCAGGGAAGAAAAUUGAGCCUGUCUUUUAAAAUGUUAAUGCAGCCUACCCCAGUGGAGCUCUUCCCAGACAUCUCUCUCAUUUGCUCUCUUCUUACACUCCAAUCCCGAUGGAACAAUUCAUAACUGAUUGUUUAUAAGAUGGGGUAGGAGGGCUUACUGUGGUCAAACAUGACUGUCCCUGCAGGGAGACUUUGCUUUUGGGAGAGUCUUACCUUCCUACAAUCUAAAGCUGCUUCCUUUCUUUGAGUUUGUUGUAAUUUGUUUUUGUAAAUGUUGUGAAUUCUAAAUAUGUUUGUAAAAAGUAUUGUUCAAUAUUUCUAUCAAAUGUUUACAGAUCUUUUAAUGAAUAAAGGCAUUUUAAAAAAUUCCCA